AUGUUCUCCCGAUUGGCUUCCUUCGCCAACCCCGCGGCCAAGUCCGCGUCGGCUUCAGGCCGAACUAUGCUUCAGGUCCGAUACCUUUCCGAGAAGGCUGUUGCUGGCAGCAAGGGCAGGGCUAUGCCUUUCUCUGCUGUUCGAGCUACUGCCCCUGCUGCUUCUCUCCCUGCUACUCUCACUAUUCGAGAUGGUCCCGUUUUCCAGGGCAAGGCUUUCGGCGCCAACGCCAACAUCUCUGGUGAAGCUGUCUUCACUACCUCUCUCGUUGGAUACCCCGAGUCCAUGACCGACCCCUCCUACCGAGGACAGAUUCUCGUCUUCACCCAGCCCCUGAUUGGCAACUACGGUGUUCCCUCCGCCGCCCGUGACGAGUUCAACCUUCUCAAGUACUUCGAGUCCCCCCACGUUCAGUGCGCUGGUAUCGUUGUCUCCGAUGUCGCUGUCAACUACAGCCACUGGACUGCCGUCGAGAGUCUGGGCGAGUGGUGCGCCCGAGAGGGUGUUCCCGCUAUCUCUGGUGUCGAUACCCGUGCCAUUGUUACUCACCUCCGAGAGCAAGGCUCUUCCCUGGCUAGAAUCUCAAUUGGUGAAGAGUACGAUGCCGAUGAGGACGAGGGCUUCGUCGACCCCGGUCAAAUCAACCUUGUGAAGCGUGUUACCACCAAGGCUCCCUUCGUUGUUGAGUCCCCUGGUGCCUCUCUUCACGUUGCCCUCAUCGACUGUGGUGUCAAGGAGAACAUUCUUCGCAGCCUGGUCAGCCGAGGUGCUUCCGUCACUGUCUUCCCCUACGACUACCCCAUCCACAAGGUUUCGCAGCACUUUGACGGUGUCUUCAUCUCCAACGGUCCCGGUGACCCUACUCAUUGCCAAGCUACCGUUCACAACCUUGCCCGCCUUAUGGAGACUUCCAACAUUCCCAUUAUGGGUAUUUGUCUGGGUCACCAGCUUCUGGCCCUUGCUGUCGGUGCUCGCACCAUCAAGCUCAAGUAUGGUAACCGAGCCCACAACAUCCCUGCUCUCGAUUUGACCACUGGUCUCUGCCACAUCACCAGCCAGAACCACGGUUACGCCAUCGACGCCAGCACUCUCCCUAGCGACUUCAAGGAAUACUUUGUCAACCUGAACGACGGUUCCAACGAGGGUAUGCUCCACAAGACCCGACCUAUCUUCUCCACCCAGUUCCACCCCGAGGCCAAGGGUGGUCCCAUGGACAGCUCCUACCUCUUCGACAAGUACCUCCAGAACGUCCAGCUCGCCAAGAGCAACCAGGUCGUUUUCAAGGACAACCGACCUACCCCUCUGAUGCUCGACAUCAUGAGCCGAGAGCGUGUCGGCGUUGAGCCCACUCCUCUUGCCGCUUCUGCUUAA